CUAUUAUCUAAUAAAUCUAAUUCACCAUUAAGUUAAUUGAUUUAUAAAUUAUAUAGUUAACUAUGGUAGAUACCAGUACCACUAAUAAUGAAGAUAUACUUAAACUUAUACUCAAAUCCAAUUCAGAAAGUAGUAAUAAUGAAGAAACAAGUCAAUCACUUAUUGAAGAAUUACUCGAACCAUCAUCGGAAUUAUCAUGGGAUUUAUUAGAUAUUGUACAACAAGUUCCUGAAAUAGAUAAAUUAAAACUUUAUGAGGGACUUUUAAAUUAUCCUGAAAGAUUAAGUCGAACAUCUUUCCGAUUUAAACGUUCAGGAAUUGAUGGUCAUGUAACAAAAUAUGAAGAAGAACUUCAAUUAAGUGAAAUUGCUAAUGCAAAUUCAACUAAUUCUUUAUCUAUAAAUAGAAAGUAUACAGCCAAAAGUGAAACUUUACGAGGAAAAUCAACUUUUUUACCAUUUCAACCGGGUGGAAUAGUAAAUCUGACAUCCAAUAAGAAAGAUGCUAGUGAAUAUUUACAUCGUAAUGAAGUAGGAUUAUUUGAUUGGCCUCAAGGACUUACAAGAGGGUUAUAUCUUGAAAAUAGUAAAGGUUCAAUUGAUUUUAAUGUUGAAGUAGGAGCCAAUAAGGGAGAUAUUGAAGAAAAUAAGAAAUCAUUUGCAUUAAUAUCUGAACGUCAAAUAAAUUCAAAUUCAAAUUUAAAUUCAAAUAAUGGUGAUGAACAAAUUAUUUCUAAUUCAUCAUUACCAUUCAAUUCAUCUGAAAUAGAUGGAUUAGUACCAGUAGAUUAUAAUACUAUAGAAGGCACCAUUGAUAAUAAAGAUAAAUCAAGUAAAAGAACUUGGGCUCAUGUAGUUGAAUUAGAUCAUAAGAUUGAAAAUUUUCAUGAAUUAGUACCUAAUAUGGCAAGAGAAUGGCCAUUUGAACUUGAUACAUUUCAAAAGGAAGCAGUAUUUCAUCUUGAACAAGGAGAUUCUGUAUUUGUUGCUGCUCAUACAUCAGCUGGUAAAACAGUUGUAGCUGAAUAUGCCAUUGCUAUGGCUAAUAGAAAUAUGACAAAAACUAUUUAUACAUCACCAAUUAAAGCAUUAUCAAAUCAAAAAUUUAGAGAUUUUAAAGAAACUUUUAAAGAAGCUGAUGUUGGAUUAAUUACUGGGGAUGUUCAAAUAAAUCCUGAAGCAAAUUGUCUUAUUAUGACAACAGAAAUUCUUAGAUCAAUGUUAUAUAGAGGAGCUGAUCUUAUAAGAGAUGUUGAAUUUGUUAUAUUUGAUGAAGUUCAUUAUGUUAAUGAUAUUGAUAGAGGAGUUGUUUGGGAAGAAGUUAUUAUUAUGUUACCUGAUCAUGUUAAAUUCAUUUUAUUAUCAGCCACGGUACCUAAUACUUUUGAAUUUGCAAAUUGGAUUGGUAGAACAAAAAGAAAAGAUAUUUAUGUUAUAUCAACUUAUAAACGUCCUGUACCUUUAGAAAUCUUUAUAAGUGCAAAAAAUGAAUUAUUUAAAGUGGUUGAUGCUCAACGGAAUUUUGUUGAAUCGGAAUUUAAAAAGCAUCGAGAUCUUUUAGAAAAGAAAAAGGAAGGUCCACCAUCAGCAGUUAUGGGGUCAGGUAGUCGUGGAGGUCCUGGAGGUAGUGCAAGAGGAGGAAAUAGAGGAGGAAAUAGAGGAGGUAAUAGAGGUGGAGGUGGAGGAAGUGGAAAUAGAGGAGGACAAGUAGCUAAUCGAGGAAGAGGAAAUUUACAAGCUCGAUCAGGACGAUUUAAUCAAGAUGGUCCUAAUAAAAAUACUUGGGUAUCAUUAGUUCAAUAUCUUAAGAAAAUGAAUUUAUUACCAGCAGUUGUAUUUGUUUUCUCUAAGAAGAAAUGUGAAGAAUAUGCCGAUUCAUUAAGAGGAGUUGAUUUUUGUACCAAUAAAGAGAAAUCAGAAAUUCAUAUGUUUAUUGAUAGAGCCGUUUCUCGAUUAAAGAAAGAAGAUAGAGAACUUCCACAAAUUGUAAAAAUUAGAGAAAUGUUAAGUCGAGGUAUUGCUGUUCAUCAUGGAGGUUUAUUACCCAUUGUUAAAGAAUGUAUUGAAAUUUUAUUUUCCAAAACUUUAGUUAAAGUAUUAUUUGCCACUGAAACAUUUGCUAUGGGAUUAAAUUUACCUACUAGAACCGUAGUAUUUAGUUCAACUAGAAAACAUGAUGGUAGAGGAUUUAGAAAUCUUUUACCAGGAGAAUUUACUCAAAUGUCUGGUAGAGCAGGUAGAAGAGGUUUAGAUCCAACCGGGACAGUAAUUGUUAUGGCAUAUAAUGAUCCAAUAUCUCCAACUGAUUUUAAAGAAGUUGUAUUAGGAACUCCCACAAAAUUACAAUCACAAUUUAGAUUAACAUAUAAUAUGAUAUUAAAUUUAUUAAGAAUUGAAGCACUUCGAGUUGAAGAAAUGAUUAAACAUUCAUUUAGUGAAAAUUCUACUCAAGUAUUAUUACCAGAAAAUAAAAAGAAAGUUGAUGAAUUAUCUAAACAAUUAAUUGAAAUAAUUGAUCCUAUUUGUGAUAAUUGUAAAUUAAUUGAAAUGAAACAAACUUAUGAAUUAAUAAGUAAAUAUCAAGAAUUAUAUGGAGAAUGUAUAGUAGAAAUUCAUAAACUGCAAACUUCCAAGACUCAAAUAUUAAAAAUUGGUAGAGCAGUAAUAUUUAAGGAUAAAUUAAAUUCCACAAAACUUGGAUUUGUAGUUAGAUCAGAUUCAGCCACAAAUUCAAUUUUACUUCUUACAUUUAAUCAUGGAUUAGAAUAUGAACAAGAUACUCAAAAUUAUCAACAACCAUUUUUACCAUUUAAAUCAUAUUUAAAGAAUAAUUUUAAAAAGAUUAAAUAUGAUGGGAAUUUAAGAGUUGAAUCAGUACCAUAUAAUAAAGUAGGAUUUAUUUGUAGAUAUGGAUUAAAAAGUUCAAUUACGGGGAUUUUACAAAAUGAUGAAACAAUUAUUAAUGAAGCCAUUGAUCAAAUAAAAUUAUUACUUAAAUUUCAAACUAAAUGGGAAGAACUUGAACUUGGAAAGAGUGCUCAAAUUAAUUUACAUAAUGCAGUUGUAGAAAAGAAUGGAAUAUUUAAAAAACUUGAAAGUCUUGAAAGUUUUUCAUGUCCUCAAUUUAAAUUCCACUAUAAAAUUCUUCAUAAACAAGAUACAAUUCAACGAGAAAUAUCACAUUUAGAGAGAUUAAUUUCUGAUGAAAAUUUAGAUUUAUUACCGGAUUAUGAACAACGAUUACAAGUAUUAGAAGAAGUGGGAUUUAUUGAUAAUCAACAUAAUGUUGUACUUAAAGGGCGAGUUGCUUGUGAAAUUAAUUCAGGAUGGGAAUUAGUUUUAACUGAAUUAGUAUUAGAUAAUUUCUUAGGAGAUUUUGAAGCAGAAGAAAUUGUGGCACUUCUUUCAUGUUUUGUUUAUGAAGGUAGAACUAAUGAAGAUGAACCUCCAUGUAUUACUCCAAGAUUAGAAAAGGGUAAAGCUAAAAUUCUUGAAAUUACUAAGAAAAUGUUAGAAGUAUAUACUAGAAAACAAGUAAUUCUUACAUCAGAAGAAGAAGAAUUUCUUGAACGGAAAAGAUUUGCAUUAAUGAAUGUUGUAUAUGAAUGGGCAAGAGGACUUUCAUUUAAUGAAAUUAUGGAAAUGAGUGUAGAAGCUGAAGGUACUAUUGUUCGAGUUAUAACUAGAUUAGAUGAAGUAUGUCGAGAAGUUAAGAAUGCAGCAUUAAUAGUAGGUGAUUCAACUUUACAUGCCAAAAUGAGUGAAGCUCAAGAACGAAUUAAGAGAGAUAUUGUAUUCUGUGCAUCAUUAUAUUUAUAGUGAUUUGUUAUACAUCUUCUAUAUUCUAUAUACAUGUGGAAGUAUUUGUUAUAUACAUUAAAUAAAUAAAUAAAUAAAUAAAUCCAUCCAUCCAUCAUUGUGAUUUCUUCUGAUCAUAAAACUCUACUGCCAAUUGAAUUAAUC